AGAGCCCCAUUCUGCGAAGAGCCUUUGACGAUAGCUGUGCUUUCAUUGAGACCGGCGUCGGACUUCUUCCGCUUCACGACAACCUGACUGAAUGAGCCAAAGGCUUCUUGCGCAGGUCGCUUUUCUCCCGACAUCAUUGCUGGGGCGUGGGAAGAGAGAUGUCGACAGAAAACCAAAAACAAGCACAGAAGAAAGGCAAAAUUUUGAUGGCGGCGAAGGGUAAUAUGACCGAGCGACAGACGCGAUCGAGUCAAGCUAGCCAGGCAAUUGAUGAGCGGACUAAGUCUUGCGCUCAGGCAUCUUCUGCCGUAAGCGCUGAUCGUUCAACGCCGAAAGCACCUUUGCCGCGGCAAGCGCCGGGCGCUGGUGGUCCACCAGGCGCGUGCAGCUCCGCCUCCGUCCCCCCCCCCUUCGGUCCACCGAUUCAAGCGGGGAGGAAUGUGCAUGAGCAUUGUUCCCAUUAAUUACUAUCUGCACGAUUGACCCUCUCGACACUUGAUCUCAUCCAUUCCCCUUUAGAAUUACAAUCCUACUCUUCACGUGAACCUUGAGGGAUCUGCGUGCAACCUAACCAUGUCAUCCGCAACGAAGGCAUCCAGAAUCGGGGAAGA